CGCCGAUCGAAUGCCCCAAACUUCCCGGAAUAUAAGGCAGCUGUUCCAAAGCCGCAGAGGGAGAGCGGAGCGGUCUUCCAAUCCAGUCGAACCCAGACACUGCCGUCCGUUGCCUCUCCCCAGCGCUCCCACCUUUUCGGGUACAUCCUGCAGGUGUGUGGACCCUUCUAGCCUGAGGAGUCCUGCAGGUGUGAAGCUCCACACCUGCCUCCAUAGCACUUUGCCUGUCCCUAAGAGGGCUCAUCGGAGAAGAAAGAAUGGCUGUCAGCCACCUGCCAAUGAUGGUCCAGGAAUUGGUGACCUUCAAGGAUGUGGCUGUACUCUUCACCCAGGAAGAGUGGGGGCAGCUGAGCCCAGCCCAGAGGGCCCUGUACAGGGAUGUGAUGCUGGAGAACUACAGCAACCUGGUCUCCCUGGGACUCUUAGGACCCAAACCAGAUAUGUUUUCCCAGCUAGAAAAAAGGGAAGUGUGGAUGCCAGAGGACACCCCUGGAGGCUUCUGUCUUGACUGGAUGACUAUGCCUGCCAGUAAGAAAUCUACUCUCAAGGCAGAGAUUCCUGAAGAAGAAUUGGAUCAAUGGACAAUAAAGGAAAGAUUCAGUAGCAGUAGUCACUGGAAGUGUGCUAGCCUGCUGGAGUGGCAAUGUGGAGGCCAGGAGAUCAGUUUGCAGCGAGUGGUACUCACUCACCCCAACACCCCAUCACAGGAAUGUGAUGAAUCUGGGAGCACUAUGAGCUCAUCUCUUCACAGUGCUCAGAGUCAGGGAUUUCAACCUGGCAAAAAUGCCUUUGAGUGUAGUGAGUGUGGAAAAGUCUUCUCUAAGAGUUCAACUCUUAAUAAACAUCAGAAAAUUCAUACUGAAAAAAACGCAAAUCAGAAAAUUCAUAUUAAGGAGAAAAGAUAUGAAUGUAGAGAAUGUGGGAAGGCCUUUCACCAGAGUACACACCUUAUCCAUCACCAAAGAAUUCACACUGGCGAGAAACCCUAUGAAUGUAAGGAAUGUGGCAAGGCCUUCUCAGUGAGCUCCUCACUUACGUACCAUCAGAAAAUUCAUACUGGAGAGAAGCCUUUUGAAUGCAACUUAUGUGGAAAAGCUUUUAUCCGAAAUAUACACCUUGCCCAUCAUCAUAGAAUACAUACUGGAGAGAAACCUUUUAAAUGUAACAUUUGUGAAAAAGCCUUUGUGUGCAGGGCACAUCUUACCAAACACCAGAAUAUCCACAGUGGAGAGAAACCCUAUAAAUGUAAUGAAUGUGGAAAAGCCUUUAAUCAGAGUACAAGUUUUCUUCAGCAUCAGAGAAUUCACACUGGAGAGAAACCCUUUGAAUGUAAUGAAUGUGGGAAGGCCUUCAGGGUGAACUCUUCCCUUACUGAACAUCAGAGAAUUCAUACUGGAGAGAAACCUUAUAAAUGUAAUGAAUGUGGGAAAGCUUUCAGGGAUAAUUCAUCCUUUGCACGACAUCGGAAAAUUCAUACUGGAGAGAAACCUUACAGAUGUGGCUUGUGUGAGAAAGCCUUUAGGGACCAAUCAGCACUAGCCCAACAUCAGAGAAUUCAUACUGGGGAAAAACCUUAUACAUGUAACAUAUGUGAAAAAGCCUUCAGUGACCAUUCAGCCCUUACCCAACAUAAGAGAAUUCAUACUAGAGAAAAACCUUACAAAUGUAAAAUCUGUGGGAAAGCCUUUAUCCGAAGCACCCACCUGACUCAACAUCAGAGGAUUCACACAGGAGAGAAACCCUAUAAAUGUAAUAAAUGUGGGAAAGCUUUUAACCAGACUGCAAACCUCAUUCAGCAUCAGAGACAUCAUAUUGGAGAGAAGUGAUAUGAAUGCAGUUUGUAUGGAAGACCUUUGAGACUGAGUAGAUUAAUUAUUGAAUGUAAGAUAAUCCAUUCUAGAGAAUAACUAUGAAAGCUUACAUCAUGAUAGUCACUUUAUUUACUGAGGGUCAGGUUUCACAGUGUCAUGGGGUUUGGGCAUUUAAGAAUGGCAAACACUCGGCUGGGUGCGGUGGCUCACACCUGUAAUCCCAGCACUUUGGGAGGCCGAGGUGGGCGGAUCACGAGGUCAGGAGAUCGAGACCAUCCUGGCUAACAGGGUGAAACCCCGUCUCUACUAAAAAUAUAAAAAAUUAGUCGGGCGUGGUCGUGGGCGCCUGUAGUCCCAGCUACUCGGGAGGCUGAGGCAGGAGAAUGGCGUGAACCUGGGAGGCAGAGGUUGCAGUGAGCUGAGAUCGUGCCGCUGCACUCCAGCCUGGGCAACAGAGCAAGACUCUGUUUCAAAAAAAAAAAAAAGAAGAAGAAUGGCAAACACUCCUCAUUCUUUAAUACUGCCUCAAAUAGCAGUACUGUUUGAUUCGUCUGAAUUACCAAGUAUCAGAACCAAAAUGGAGCUUCACUAACAGCAUUAAAAUUGGUUUAUCAAAUUACAUUUUGACUAUUAGAGAAACUGAAAUUGUAAAAAUUAAAGUUGAAAAGCAAAGGAACAAAAAGGUAAAAUGGCCUACAAGCAUUUCACUCUACUAGAUUCUCUUACAUAAGAGAGUUGCCAGCUUUAAUGGAAGCCUUAGUCCUCUCCUCACCCACACUACUGACACCCAGUGUAGAGAAAGUGCAUCAUCCACACUUAUUUAAAUCAUGCUUCCUGCCUUCUGCUUCAAACCAUCCAUUGUCAGAUCUCUCUGGUCUGUGUGUCCACUGGCUUCAUCCCUGUAGAAUCCCUGUGAGAUGAUUCAUUUGCCCCAAAUGACCCUCUUCUGACUUAGCAACUCCUAACUCUCUGCAUGUGCCACCUAUCACUGCCCCUAUGGGGAGUGUGGUGAUCUGGUCUCAGGCACAGUCCAUGAUGUUGAAUAUCACACCCAAAUCCAGUCUUCAGAACUUGGUAUCUCUGUCCAGAAGGCACAACUUGAUCAAAAUUCUUGAGUUAUGCAUUUCCUCUGGGCUUCAGCUUGACUGAUCCUGGGAUGGUACCUGAAGGAGGGGCUUUCCUUGUGCUGCCUUUACCCUCCAAUUGUUCUGUACUUAGGGACUGUACACAUCAGUCAGGGACUUGCUCAGUUUCAGGCGCAAUGAUCCCACCCACUUAAGUUGUAGUAUUCCCAAUCACCUCCAUCUGUCGCUGCCCAUUUCUCCAUGUGCAAUUGAUAUAAGAGGUGAAAGCCCCAAGGCCAGUUCUCGGAAUGCUCUGACCCACUCUCUUCCCCCGGCUGGACAGUCCACUGUGUCCACUGCAUUAGAGUACAUUUACUACUCCCAGGAUAAACUGCUGCAUCCUGGUCCUCCCCCUGCCUUUUCUAGGUUUCUGGAGGUAGUAAUUCUAUAUUCAUAGGAAAGCAGACAGCUUUGAAUUUCUACUUUUGCAUUUGGAAGUGGUCAUUUCCUCUCCUCCACCUGGGCCUUCCACUAUUUAAAGACUCAUGCUGACAGUGGUGAGAAAAAUGUUGAGUAAUUCCAUGAGUCAAGAAGUGGCCACUAGCAGCAUUGAUAUUCUCUGGCAAGGGCCAUGUCCUUGUUCAAGAGUUUGAGUGGCACAGUAGUCCUGCAGGUAUGGUUCCUUUACCCUCUUUUGUUUUUUGUUUUUUUGUUUUUUUGCUUUUUUUGAGACAAUGUCUUGCUCUGUUGCCCAGGCUGGAGUGCAGUGGCACGAUCUCGGCUCACUGUAACUUCCACCUCCUGGGUUCAAGUGAUUCUCCUGCCUCAGCCUCCCGAGUAGCUGGGAUUACAGGCAUCCACCACCAUACCCAGCUAAUUUUUUGUAUUUUUAGUAGAGAUAGGGUUUCACUAUGUUGGCCAGGCUGGUCUCAAACUCCUGACCUCGUGAUCCGCCCACCUCAGCCUCCCAAAGUGCUGGGAUUACAGGCGUGAGCCACCGCGCCUGGCCACCUUCCACAUCUUUAAUCCUUCAGUGCUUUCAGUAGAAAUCACACAGAUAAGUAACAUCUGUGCAUAACACACACACACAGCCUCUGGGGGCCUUCUCCCUUUCCCUACCAUAAGGAAUGGAGGAACCUGCACUACUGCAAGCUGGAACAUAUCGUGCAAUGAAGAUGGGAGGCCAAGCAAAUUGUUCUGGAAAGUGAAGUGGCAAGUUCCUGGUCUGUGGAAGUGCUGUCCGUCAAGUUGAGUAACCUCCUGACCCCUCAGAAUGCAGCAUCUCACCCCCAUGUUACAGAAGAGGAUAUUCUAUAUCAUGGUAGAACUCAGUGGGCUCUGGGUUGCAACACAGACUUGGAAGCUUCCAGCAGCUUCAAAGUCCAAGUAAUCUAAAUUCAGCCUUCAUUUAAUAAAGGCCACCUUUGUGGGCCAGCAUCUUCUGUUAGCUGAUCAGCAAUUCAGACUUUCUUCCCUAUUAAGCUGCAUGUGAAGCAGUAUUUCAAGAGGUUUCUUGGGAUUGCCUGUGUCCCAUGUCCUCAGAAGUUCAUCUGCAGCUUCAUGCGGCUGACACCCUCAGAUUCCAGAGUAAACCUGAAAAAACCAUGUUCACUGCUACAGAUGUCUGCCUUCACCCCUAUCCCUGUAAUGUGCCAGGUCUUAACUACCACCCCCUUACCUUGAAUCCCUGAGAAGCACGUUUCUAAGCUGAGUUGAUUGGUUUGUUUUGUCUAUUUUUAAUGAAUGCAUGAGAACUACCACUACUUGGUGUGUGCCUACAGUUGAGCCAGGGCCAAGGCCUGCAGCCAGCUCAAGAGUCUCAUUCAUCUCAGCCGCAGCUCCAGGAACUAUGCAUUCAGCAGCAUUAAGUGCAGCCUGAAGGCUCUCCCAUCUGAGAAGACAGUGCACUCUCCUUGAGUUCACCUCCCGUCAGGCUUAAGUUUUCAUGAAAUUAGUCCUCCAAGAUGCCUGUUCACUCAUCCCUGUCUGGGAAGGCAAAAAGUAAGUCAUUGGCCUAUUAGAUAUGCCCAGGCUGACUUGAAUAUAUUUAUGGUACUAGUACUUGGCCAGGCAGUGGCUUUAUUUAUUCUACUGUAGGAUUACGAGCUUACUACAUGGCCUUCUCAACUAGGGCAGUAGACAUUGCCUGGGUCCUAGUCAUACUUUUCUCACGUGGAUGAUGUUGCUCUCUACCUGGGGAAUUCUAAUCUGCCCCGGCUCAACCCCUAAAAAUACAUUUCUGAGGACCCUGCAGUAAGACUUCCUCAGCCACAAUCUUCUCUACCAGCUGAUCUGUGUAGUGUUAGACAUUUCAGUAGUUACUGAGAGGGAGUUUUCUGCACCCCACCUUCAGCUGGGUUAAUCCCCAAAGAACCACUGUUUCCUAGGAAGAACAGUUGAUUCCAUACCUUGCUUUUCUAGUCCUAACGGCCAUGUCGACAUAUCCAGCUGUGACAAGAUGAAGGACCACGAUUUGGGACUCUUCAGGGACAGACUUGGCCACCUGGUGAUGUGCCACCUUCAGCAGCUCUGUCUUCACACGUCCAGCCUGCACCUGCUUCAUGCAGUGCACAAGACUGUUCUGGCACACCAUGACCAUGACCUUCACACGAGGCCAGUCUCCCCGACCAUGACCUUCACACGAGGCCAGUCUCCCCGACCAUGACCUUCACACGAGGCCAGUCUCCCCGACCAUGACCUUCACACGAGGCCAGUCUCCCCGACCAUGACCUUCACACGAGGCCAGUCUCCCCGACCAUGACCUUCACACGAGGCCAGUCUCCCCGACCAUGACCUUCACACGAGGCCAGUCUCCGCGACCAUGACCUUCACACGAGGCCAGUCUCCCCGACCAUGACCUUCACACGAGGCCAGUCUCCCCGACCAUGACCUUCACACGAGGCCAGUCUCCCCGACCAUGACCUUCACACGAGGCCAGUCUCCCCGACCAUGACCUUCACACGAGGCCAGUCUCCCCGACCAUGACCUUCACACGAGGCCAGUCUCCCCGACCAUGACCUUCACACGAGGCCAGUCUCCGCGACCAUGACCUUCACACGAGGCCAGUCUCCCCGACCAUGACCUUCACACGAGGCCAGUCUCCGCGACCAUGACCUUCACACGAGGCCAGUCUCCGCGACCAUGACCUUCACACGAGGCCAGUCUCCCCGACCAUGACCUUCACACGAGGCCAGUCUCCCCGACCAUGACCUUCACACGAGGCCAGUCUCCCCGACCAUGACCUUCACACGAGGCCAGUCUCCCCGACCAUGACCUUCACACGAGGCCAGUCUCCCCGCCCAUGACCUUCACACGAGGCCAGUCUCCCCGACCAUGACCUUCACACGAGGCCAGUCUCCCCGCCCAUGACCUUCACAUGAGGCCAGUCUCCCCGCCCUCACCUGGGCCGUAGAGAAAGGUAAGAGCCCGAGAAGCAGCUCCUGACCUCUCCUCCCACCUCAGAGCCUUCUGAGACCCGUCACGGUGCCAGCUCCACUCUGCCCAGUUUGAGGAGGGAAUUAGCAUCUAGACUGACAGGUUCUUCAUUUCUGUGGGCUUCUGGGAACAGCCACUGAAACUGCCUCUUCAUUACUGAAAAAAAAGUUGCUUCGGAUUUCCCCUUUCAGAUUCCUCUGCCCAUCUCCUGCCGGGUGCCCCUCGUCUCCAGCAGACUGAUUUGUCAUCUGAGUUCUUUCUCCCUGCCUGCCUGUUUGCCUAGCUUUGAUGGCGGCCUCUCUAAGACGUUACCUUCCUCCAUAUUCACUAACUGCUUCUAGAACAGCAUUUGUCCCUGCAGCAGACUCAGGCUUCCAGGUUACUGUGCCCGAGCCUCAGAGUCUUGGAACAAAAUUGCUUUAAACUGAAUGCUUUUGGUGGAGAAAACAAUUUAAUUCAAAAUUAAUCCAAGAACGCCAUAGCCUCCCCCUAUCUGAUUCCUCUCCUUUCCUUUGCACUUUGCCCCACCCUCCCCUGUAGCACUGGCUUAGUCGGCAGUACAACAUGGAGACAUCAAUCUCUCACCCUCCUCUGUCUCACAGUUGGAGGUCUCCCUGCUUCUUGGCCCACCUCAACUCCUGCUAAAUAUAUCUUUGGCAAUUUAAAUAUUUUUAUAACAGUUUGUGAAGGGAAAAGAACGCAAGGCUUGGUUGCUUCUGAUCACUCAAGGACCUCUCGGCAGUGCUGAUGGUCCUAUUCUGCAGGUGCCAGCACCGGGUGGUACUCACACUCCCUGUGUUCCGUCUGCCACCCUGUGUACCACAUGUCACUGUCUUUUUUUUCUUUCUUCCAAGCAAUUCUCCUGCCUCAGCCUCCCAAGUAGCUGGGAUUACAGGUGCCCACCACCAUGCCCGGCUAAUUUUUGUAUUUUUAGUAGAGACGGGAUUUCACCAUGUUGGUCAGGCUGGUCUUGAACUCCUGACCUCAUGAUCCACUUGCUUUGGCCACGUCACUAUCCUUAAAAAAUUGUUGACAAUAGUUAUUCAUCAGUGUGUCUUUCUGAAAAUAAAAUGAGAAAAGUGCCCAGUU